UCGUGAAGAUAACCAAGGCGGGGCGUAACUUUUUCAAGUAGUCGAUUUCCCAGUUGCCCACGAGUUCACUGGGAAAGUAUCACUGGACAUUUAAUCAUGCAAUACACUGGAAUAUUUGUAUUACUUUUUACUUUUGUUUAUACUUGGGAGAAUCUCGAGGCAACGAAUCCAGUUCUUCCUCAUGUUAUGCACUAUGAUGUUGUUCGACCUCAAGCACUGAAAGAGCGAGUAAGAAGGAGCACAUCUUCUCUAAAGACAUAUCCUGAAAAUCUUGAGUAUGCAUUGUCUGUAGAUGGGAGAAACUUAACCAUUUCUUUGCACAGAAAUAAUGAUCUUUUAGGAGAACAAUACACUUUAUUUCAUUAUGCAGAGGAUGGGAUUUCAGAAACAACGUCUUCAGGCAACACUGAUCACUGCUACUAUCAGGGACACAUCCAUGACAUAGAAAAUUCUUCAGUUAGUGUUGGGCUAUGCUCUGGAAUGAAUGGGUUUCUGAGAACAGAAGAGCAAGUUUACUUGAUUGAGCCCCUAGAAGAAUCUGUGGAUGGGAACCAUGCUAUUUUCAAACAAGAGCAUUUAAGAGUCAAGCAGGGGACCUUUGGAUACGUUAAUGACACAGUCUAUGACCUUGGCCCACGGUUUAGUGGGCUGUAUAAAGGCAAACAUAUGAAAAACAAAGCCCGCAUUGAUGGGCAGCAGAUUGUUGAGAUGGCUUUGGUUGUUGAUCAUGAGGAGUACAAGAACUUUGGAAGUGUGAAGAAAAUUGAAGAAAGAAUGAUGUUGGUCGCAAACCAUGUGGACAAGCUUUACAGGCCUUUAAACAUACGUGUCAGGUUGGUUGGGAUUGAGAUUUGGACUAACAGGGACAUGAUUAUGGUCAGUCCAGAAUCAGAUUUGACUCUGAAGUACUUUUUAAAAUGGCGUCAGGAUUACCUUCUCAAAAGAAAGAAGCACGACAAUGCCCAUUUUAUUACUGGUAUCGAUUUUGAUGGAUCCACAAUUGGGUUGGCUACAAUGUAUGCUAUGUGCACUCAAUCCUCUGGUGCAGUGAAUCAGGACCAUAAUGUCAAUCCAAUUGCAGUGGCUUCUACUAUUGCUCAUGAAAUGGGACAUAAUCUGGGCAUGUCACAUGAUGAUCAAACAUGUGGCUGUUCUUUGAGAAAUGGUUGUAUUAUGGGAGAAUCCAUUGGGUUGGUCCUCCCAGAUGCCUUCAGUACAUGUAGUCAAGCAUCCUUAAAGAGGUUCUUGCAAAACUAUGACAGCAGCUGUCUCUUAGACAUGCCGAAUGAGAGCGAAAUAUACGGUGGCCCGGUGUGUGGAAAUGCUUUUGUAGAAAAGGGCGAGGAAUGUGAUUGCGGAACUGUUGAGGAAUGCAACAAUCCCUGCUGCAAUGCCUCCACCUGUCAGCUGACCAAAGGUUCCCAUUGUGCACAUGGAGAGUGUUGCCAUAAUUGCCAGCUGAACCAAAUGGGCAGUCUGUGCAGAAAAAGUGCUCAUGACUGUGAUUUGGAGGAGUACUGUACAGGAGAAUCAGCCUUUUGUCCCAAAGAUGACUAUAAGAUGAACGGACUGCCCUGCAAUUACAAUCAGGGUUACUGUUACAACGGACAAUGUCCAACACAUAAGGAACAUUGCAAGUUGCUAUGGGGAUCAGAUGCUGAGGUAGAUGUUGAUACCUGCUUUCAAUACAAUGUAAUAGACAGAACAUCCAAGAGUGCUGAACACAUAAAAUGUGGUAAAAUAUAUUGUGCUGGUGGGAAAGAAUUUCCCAUAACACAAAACAAAAGGAAAGUGACAAUGAGAUUAAGAAGCUGCAACAUGGCUGUCGACCCCUCACCAACAGAAGACUUAGGGAUGGUUCCAACAGGCACCAAAUGUGAUACAAAUAAGGUGUGUUACAACAGCCUUUGUCAGAACAUAAGUUUAUAUGGCACCGAGAAAUGUUCAGACAAAUGCAACGGCCGUGGGAUGUGUAACCAUGAGAGGGAAUGUCACUGCGAUCCAGGCUGGGCACCACCCUAUUGUGAUGUUAAAAUCUCAGAACUUCCAAAAAUGAAAAAUGCUGUCAUAAUUGGUGUGGCCACAUCUGUGUUCAUCAUGGGCCUGGUCAUUGUUAUCAUUGGAGUGGUGAUGUGUUGCAGAAACAAAAAAGCGGCAUUUACACAGAAACGAUCUUUGAAGGACCACCAUACUUCCUCAGGCCAGUGCAAUCCAGCAUUCCAACCAAGCAGUGCAAAGAACAGCCCCAAGUACACAAGACCACGUAUCGGUCGACCAGACUUCCUGGAGUCAUCUGCAACUGUGUCUUGCAAACCUCUGUUUGUUCAAACUGUACCCUCUAGACCUCCACCUAUGCCUCCAAGUCAGCCACUACAAACCAGAACAAAACUGAUUGCAAAACCUGUCACAUCUGCUGUUUCCAGAAACAUUCAUCCAGUUCAGGAAAUAACACUCCUCCCACCAUCAAAACCACUUCCUCCAUCGAAACCUUUACCCCCUCUCACAUCUAAACAUGUGACUACGCCAAAUAGACCUCCACUGCCUCCUGCAAAACCCACAGGAAAACGACAGGCUUAUACUCCACCUCAGGCAAUACAGAAAGUAGCACUGAAGCCUCCAGUCAGGCCCAGAUGACGUGGAACAGAAUAAUUUACUCUGAAUCAUUAAGAGCUUCAAAAGAAUCUUCAUAAGCAAAAUGUAUGACUCUGAACAAGAGUGAAGCUACAGAAUAUUUCAGUUUUGGACUCCCAACACUCAACAUUUGUAUUUGCACUCUGUCUAAGACUCUGUCCUUUACGCUCCUGGUACGACUUGUUUAAAACGAAAGGCUUAAACUAAUGGAUGUUCGUAUUGUUUAUUAUUUAUACAUUUUAUACAUCUUUAUUUUGUACUUUAAUUGUGUUUUUUUACAAUUAAGGCAAAUCUGUGUUUGCCCACCUCUUGUUCAAUCUUUUGCGUUGCUCUCAGCUGGUCUGAUUUUACUGUCUGUAAAUCUAUCAAUAUAACAUUAAUGAAAGUAUGUUUAAUUGUUUUGCUAUAAUAAAGGUUUAACUUUCUCCCAUGAUGUUAA